AUGGAUAUUAAAAAUUAUGCAGAUCAAAAAUUUUUUGUAAAUUCAAAAACGGGUAUUCCUUUUGUUGAUCAAGUGGGGGGACAGUGUGGUGAUGAAAAUUUACCAUGCAAAACUUUUAGAGAUGUUGGAAAAAGAGCGCUGCUUGUCACCAGCGGAGAAAAGAUAACCAUCAAUGUUGAUGCAUCAUCGUCUCCUAUUAGUGGUGAUUCUUUAGGAAAUCUUUAUCCAUUGUGUAAUGUUAAUGUGCAAUCUACGAUCCAAUUUACUGUCAGUGGUGAAUCAGCAAUAGAAUCUUUUGUUAGUUUUGUCCCAGAUAAAGAUUAUUCAGAAUUUUCAGUUUGUGAUGGUCCCAAAAUAUUUAGCAUUAGAAAAAUGGAUUUUAAUAAUUGGAAUAAUAUACCUGUUUUUUAUUCAGAAUUGGCAGAAGAAGCACAAAUAAAUAUAUUAUUGGUCAAUUUUUCAAAUUCUAAUAGAAUUGUACAUAAUGAGCCAAAAGAAGGAAUAUCCUUCGACCCCAACAAAUUAAUAUUUACAUUUUCUUCAGUAUCAUUCAGCGACAUAGAACAAACAUCAUCAGAUCCUCCAGUUUAUAUUGUUGGUGGUACUUUUAAAUUCGUAAUAAGACUAAACAUUGAAAAUAAUAUUCUAAACAAUUCACCAUUUUUCUAUUUAUCCAAAAGUGUUUAUAAUGCUUCUUUUUUCCCAGUAAAUUUUGCAAAUAACAAAAUCAAAAAUCACCCUAUUUUCUUGUUUGUUGAUCCUUUAUCAAAUGUUUUGCUUUCAUAUUUCAAUUUUACAGAUAAUACUAUUGCUUCAAUAUCCCAAGUAGUUUAUUCAAAUAGUAAUGAAAUAGUUUUCCCAAGUUAUGAAAUUUCAGAUGACCAAACAAAUACCAUCUCUCUUUUAGACAACUCUAUUGUUUCGUUGGCCAAUGGAUAUUUAAAUUUUCAAUAUAGAAAUGGCAUUUUUGGAGCAAGUAGCUACAGCAAAAAUAAUCCUUUUAUUUAUUUGUUUAGAAAAAUCAAUUCAACUGGAACAGUCUUUUUUGACCAAAAACCAUUUUUUUCAACAGAUUUAUUAAAUAUUUCAAUUGAAGAAAUAUAUAUAUCAGAUUCGGGUAGAUUCUUUAUCAAUGCUUCAUAUUCAAACAUCUCAGUUGGUUUCGCUGGAAUCUCUCCAUCAAGUUUUGAAUACCCAUUUAUGGGUGACGACAAUCUAAUCUCAUCACCAAGUAUCCAAAAUUUUAGUAAUGAAAAAUUCUGUCUUUGUAAAAAUUGCUCUUUUAAUAAUGGAGAAUUUGAAGUCGAUGUAAACCCAACAUACUGUAUCAAAUUAACCGAAACUCCUAUACCAUCAGAAUCAUCGUCAUCGUCAUCCCCAUCACCGUCCUCAGAUGAUUUAGGAAAUCCAAGAGAUAACGAAAAUAAAAAGAAAAACAAUAUUAUAAUCAUCGUUGUAAUAUUAGGUGUAGCUUCAAUUUCAUCAGUUGUUAUAUUCUCUAUAGUAUUUAAGAGACAUAGAGAAAAGAAAUAUUUAUUAAAUUCAUCAACUAGUUUAAGUGGAAGUAGUAGCGAACUUGGUGAAACAACCGUAGCUUCAAUUGAUAACGACGUAUCACCAAAUUUGGAAUCAGUAAUUUACGAAGAAGAUGAAGAUUAUGCAGGUUUGGAAAAAUUGUAA